AACAAAUUAUGCGAGAUAGCAAGAAUACAUAAACCCGACAAAUUAGAGGUUAACUUGGCUUGCAGUAAACAAUUUACUAAUUAUGUCGAUUGAAAUUGAAUCAGCAGACGUGAUACGUCUAAUCCAGCAGUAUUUGAAAGAAAGCAAUUUAUACAAAACUCUACAAACCCUACAAGAGGAAACAGGAGUGUCCCUGAAUACAGUUGAUAGUGUAGAUGGCUUCUGUUCAGAUAUCAACAAUGGUCAUUGGGACACAGUUCUCAAAGCUAUCCAAUCACUCAAACUUCCUGAUAAGAAACUAAUUGACUUAUAUGAACAGAUUGUGCUAGAACUAAUUGAACUCCGAGAACUCGGCGCGGCGCGUUCUCUCCUCCGUCAAACCGACCCAAUGAUAAUGCUUAAACAACAUGAACCAGAAAGAUACAUACAUUUAGAGAAUCUCCUCGCCAGGUCCUACUUUGAUCCCAGGGAAGCCUAUCCGGAUGGUAGCAGUAAAGAAAAACGUCGUGCAGCAAUCGCACUGGCGUUAUCCGGCGAAGUAUCCGUCGUGCCAUCAUCUCGCCUACUCGCCCUGCUUGGACAAGCAUUAAAAUGGCAACAACAUCAAGGAUUACUACCUCCCGGCACCACAAUUGAUUUAUUCCGUGGCAAGGCAGCAAUCCGCGACCAGGAAGACGAACAAUUCCCAACGCAAAUGGCGAAACAGAUCAAAUUCGGGCAGAAAUCCCACGUGGAAUGCGCACGAUUCUCACCGGAUGGACAAUACUUAAUCACCGGAAGUGUUGACGGCAUCAUUGAAGUCUGGAACUUCACCACGGGUAAAAUCCGUAAGGAUUUAAAAUACCAAGCGGCUGAUAACUUCAUGUUGAUGGAACACGCCGUGCUCUGCAUGGCAUUCUCCCGAGACAGUGAAAUGUUGGUCAGCGGGUCGAAAUCCGGGCGGAUAAAAGUGUGGCGCAUCAGUUCCGGGCAAUGUCUACGCAAAGUAGAGAAAGCGCAUACAAAAGGCAUCACCUGUUUACAAUUCUCCCGGGAUAACAGCCAAGUCCUCAGUGCUUCCUUCGACCACACCAUCAAAAUUCACGGAUUAAAAAGCGGGAAGAUGUUGAAAGAGUUCCGCGGACAUAGCUCAUUCGUAAACGAAGUAAUCUACACGCAGGAUGGGCAUAAUAUCCUCAGCGCCAGCUCGGAUGGCACGGUGAAAGUCUGGAGCAUCAAAACAACCGAAUGUAUCAAUACUUUUAAAAGUAUCGGCGCCAGUGAUACCACCGUGAAUAAUAUCCAUGCAUUCGCGAAGAAUAACGAACAUUUCGUCGUUUGCAACCGGACAAACACCGCGGUGAUCAUGAAUCUAUCCGGGCAGAUCGUGAGAUCUUUCUCGAGUGGAAAGCGUGAGGGUGGUGACUUUGUCUGCUCGACGGUGUCACCGCGUGGUGAUUGGAUUUACUGCGUCGGCGAGGAUUUCGUUUUGUAUUGCUUCUCGACCAACUCGGGUAAACUGGAGCGCACGUUGAAUAUUCACGAGAAGGACGUCAUUGGGAUCAGUCAUCAUCCGCAUCAGAAUAUGAUAUGUUCGUAUAGUGAGGACGGAUUGGUGCGUUUGUGGAAACCGUAGGUUUAAUAUCAUCUAGCAAUAAAUACAAAUAAAGACUACAGCUAUGAUUUACACAUAUAACACAUAUAAAAUUUGAUAAUACUUUAGGACAUAAGUACAAACAUACAACUAGACUUACUACGUUUACUUUGUAACAGUUUAAGGCAUUGCGUGAAUGUUUUACGUUUAUAAUAUAAACAUUUUUCAUCAAAAUCACAACUUUGAAGUGUUUUCAUUAAAAAUUUCGAGAGGUUAAGUUGACUUAAGACACCAGAACUACAAACACUACCCUUUUACCCAAUAGAACUUGUAAAUUACGACAUAUACCAAUGCAAAUACCUUUAUAUAUUGAAUAAAAUGUUCACUUACCUUUUACAACA